AACCGCGGGGCGGAAGUAGAGAAGCGAUAGACGGCGACUCCGUACGUUGCAAAUGGCAGACGGUGCGUGGUGUACCUCGGUGCCGAACCGUCACCUCGUUAGCCUUGCAUUCCGCCGUCACGGUCCGUUUGUCGACGAGGAGGCGAACGCAGCCGCCCCCGUACCUGCCCGACGCGUCACGUCGUAUACGUAGGUCACGUUAAUCCGGAUCCCCCGGCCCGCAGGGAGGAAGCGGCCGGCGAGCGAGCGAGCGAGCGAACGCCUUGCAAAGAGAUCGCGACGAGGAGAUUCGGAACCAGGACGACCCGGGCGGCCCAAGUGCACGAUGGCGAGGCUGGUCAACGUCUGGCGGGACGACAGUCCCGCGGAGCUGGCGAGCAAGCAAAUGCCGCUGAUCGUCGACGAGAACUUGACGAUGAUCAUGGAUAUAAGUGGUCUGGGAGCCAUCUGUAAUAGUCCCCUGAUCAACGGUAAGCAGCUAGAAGAGUUUACUAAAAAGUUCGCUUUGCUUACGACGGAAGAAAUCAAGGCGUCCUGCGAAGUGACUCGCAAGCAUAUAAUUGACAUUUUGAACGAGGCGGAACCAUGCGUCGGCUGUCGAAGAAGUGUUGAAAGAUUGUUCUAUGAUCUAAUGAAGUCGGGGCAUCCCGCACUGGACCCGCUAGUUAUCACUCCUAACGGUAUGCUCUCCAUAAAAGAUGACGUUCUGAAGUCGCCCCAGCAGCUCUGUACGCUAUUGCAUGGACACAGCACUAGGUUAAAUAAUUUAAUGGAAAAGCAGCAGAGAAAUAGGAAAUCUCGGCGAUGCGUGCUGCACACCUUGGAGAUUCAGCGGUUGCCGCCGAUCUGGAACUCGUGGAGGGAAGUGUGGGAUUGCAUGGAGCUACCGUGCCGGCAGGAAUUGACUCUGAUAGAGACCGAUACGCUUGACGAAGCUUUAGAUACUUAUCUACGUAAACAUAGGUUUUGCACCGAGUGCCGCAACAAAGUGUUAUUGGCGUCGUCUCUUCUGACACGAGAGCCCGAGCCUACGAAAGAAAAGGGUUACGUAGCGGUUUUAUAUUCCGGAAUUAAGCGUUGCAUAGCCGACCAUCACGUUCAUCUACCGCCCAUCACGGAAUAUAUGACUACUCUUCUUGGUCGUGCGCAACCGUGGGCGCUUAUGGGAAGGGAGCGCCAUGCGAAAACGCUGGAAAUUGCUCAAGAAGAGGUACUUACGUGCUUAGGUAUAUGUAUCGCGGAACGACUGCACAGAAUACAUCGGCGAAUGAAGGAGGAGGAGACCGUGUGUAAAGUAUUGGCUGCUGUUGCGGUGGACGCGCUGUCCAGAAAUUUCCGGGUGGCGGUCGAGGCGAAACAAGGUAUCUCUCAGUUGGAAUUGUUAUUCGAGGAACUCACGAGGGAAGAAAUAGCGAAACAGAACAAACGUGAAAAGUUACGUCUUAAACGUAGGAAGAAGAAGGAACGUCGCAACGAAACAGAGGAGAAGGAAAACUCCUGUGAUUGUUCGAAUGAGAGGCAAACUGAGUCCCCUUGUAUUUGUACGGAAUCAAAGCCGACGACACAGAUCAAUCGACAUAAGUUGCAGGUGCUAGAUCCAAAAAACAAAGGUCUACCGACAUGUAAAUGUCCGGAUUGUAUAAACAAGCAGAACACGCCUAGUAUAUCACAAUCGCGAAGUAAGACGGAAUUAGUAUUCACUACGAAAAAGGGCCUACAAAAAGUUAUAUUACAAAAUGCCAUCUCUCAAACAAAGAAAAAACUUAAUACGAGUCAAUCGAAACAGAGUAAUACGCCUUGCAAACAAUUCUCUCGGAAGGAUUCGUCCGACGUUUGCGAGUUGUGUAAGGGCGGCGAGAAGAUCGAUGAAAAUCAUUGGCAUUAUGAUGACGAUUGCAAAGAUUCCGUGACUAAUGAACUGGUAGAUGCUUGGAUCACGGGACCUAAAACUAAAUAUAUGUGGAUAGGGAUGAAACGUUUUGAGAUGUCCGAGAGAAAAAAUCAUUCCUCAAGCGAGCAGUCGUCUCAGGAUUGCGGAUACUCUUCCGAACACAAUAUCAGCAACUCUUCUCUUCCCAGCACACCGGAAGGCUCUGAAGUAGCUUGCAACGACGAAUGGUGUGAUCACGAAGGGGCUUGUCACGAUAAACUUACUCAUUCCAGUUCCAGCAUCUCUUUAUUGCAAGAGGGAGGUCCGACACUUACGCAAAUGUUAAAGGAUUCCUAUUUUUCUGACGACGACGAGAAGGAAAGUUAUAUUCCAGCGGAGGAAGUAUUAGAAUUCAAAUCGAGGAUAUGUCAACUCGCGGAGAAGCGGCUAGAACUUCGACAAACUCUUAGAGAACGUUUUGCCAUGUUGUGCAGCCAUCAGAAACUACUUAGCGUUCUUCACUAAGAAUUCCUACUAGUUAUGGUAAUAUAUCUCAGUCUUUCUGUUUUUUUUUUGUACUUUUAUUUACUGUCAGUAGCGAGACACGAAUAUAAUAGAUGUAUUUUGAGGAAAUUGUUAUCAUUCGAAGUCGACCUUCUGAUGUGAAUAAAAUGCUGAUUACGUGUACAUCAGAAAGCCAAAAACAUACAAUGAUGCUAUUUAUCUUUACGAGCGAAUUAACUGCAUCCGAUAAAACUUACCGAGAAAUUAGUUUCGUAUACGACAAUUGAACAGUGAUGUCGACUUUGAGAAAAGUGUAGAAUAUACAACGCAAAUCGAAAUAACGAUGAAGCUAGUAUACGGAGCAACUUGAAUCUUAAUGUAUAACGUGAAAUUAAUUGUAUAGAUCUUUGCAGUUUAAGCAAAUGUAGGUAUCUUGAAUGAAUAUGCCUUGGCCGUGAAAAUAUGGCAGAUCCGAUUUCGCAUCGACAUGCAAGUUGUUAAAGACGAGUUUUUCAGUAAUUAAAAGUAUUGUAUUUUCUUGAAAAUUUUUAUUUUCGAGAUUGUUUACGGACGAUACGACUACGGCUCGUGUCGACGUAGUAAUAAGCAGAGACGCGAUGUAAUAUUGUCGGAAACUUGAUAUUAAAAUCAAUGUUGCAUUCCAUUAUAAUAUAUAUACAUAUAUUUUAUUAUUCCGAUGUAUAUCCUCUUUGUGUAACUUCCAUUACACGCACUGUAAAAAUAUUCUACAAAAAAAAUUAUUGUCGUAAAUCUCGUACACAUAUAUUGUAUGUUGCAUAAAAGUUAUUAAAAAUAUUUAAGCCGCUAACUGGUAAUUAGUUAUGUAAACUUCGUCACCGAAGUUGCUUCUCUUGGCUUACUUCUAUACAUAUGUA